UGACAAUAUUUCCAAACAUUUCAGGGUUCUUCAAAAAUACUCCGCUGCGCGUCGUAUUUUCAACUCUCUUCUUGAUAUUUGGAGAUGCGGUCAAACAAGGUCUUUGGAGUUUGAUAUAUUACGUUGAUAAACGUAAAUAGCUUUUUUUAGAAUACUGCGAAGAAAAUGCCAUCAAACUUUCUACCUUAAUCUGCAAAUUCUAGAAACAGUUUGGUGUGUCCGAAAUUGAUGUUGCUAACGUAAUCACAAUUUUUUACAGUGAUGUUUUGAGUUUCAAAUCUGGACAUAAAAACCUCCUCUUCUUGGUACCAACUGAGCGUUUCAGGUUGUGAACGAUUUUAAAAGUUUUACGAUGAAAAGGAAAUCUUAGGACAUGUUUGAUCUCUUGUUGUUGUUGUUGCUUCUUCCAGUCAUACUCAAAGAAGUCACAUAACUUGUACCAUGACGGCAGAAAUUAAAUACACCCCGCGAUUCUUGAAAUUAGACGCAAAUUCGUCCUUGGAAGAAUCAAAGUUGGCAUACGAUGAAAUGGCCCCUUGUUGGGAAAAGAUUAGCCACAACACGGGUUACAAAGGCCACAUACUGUGCGUGGAGGCAUUCGAUCGCGCCAUGCAACGCAAAGAUGUCUACCCCAACCCGAGAAAGAACAUGAAAAUCCUUGAUGUUGGCGCUGGUACAGGUGGUGUUGGAGAAAUGCUCAAGGCUCGAGGAUACACCGAUGUUGAAGCGCUGGACAUUUCUCAGCAAAUGCUCAAUUUAGCUGCAUCUAAGAACCUUUACAAGAAACUGAUCUGUGCUCCCUUGACGGACACUUACAUGAAGGAGGUGGAAACCGCUGGAUAUGACGUCGUGUUAUGCGCGGGCACCAUAGUUUACGGGCAGGUGAAACCUGGGGCGAUCGAGCAAUGCGCACGAUUUGUAAAACCUGGUAAGUGGUCGUCUUAUUAAAAACAGUAGUUAAGAGCUCUUCACUAACCUUGACACUGAGAAGGUCAAGACAAAGGCAGUGCCCCCAAAGACCCUAAGCCUGCAAAUAGGCUCUCAAAUAGAGGAUGAGGCGAAGAGAAAGGGGAAAGAAAGAGGAUAGAAGAGAGAGGAGUGGAGAGAUGGGAGGGGUGCCCCAACCCCCACCCCAUUUCUCCCUCGGCCUCUUCAUUCUCAGCCAGUUCCUUUUCGGUCCUUCCAACCGCGGUCAGAUCCUUCCAUCCGGAGACUGUUCACAGGUUAUUGGACCCCCUACUAACUGUGGUCAAGACUAUUUCCCAUUACCUGGAUUUUUGUUUGACGGUAUUAAAUUAUGUGAAAACAAUAUGUAGAUUUUGAUCUCCCCAAUCUCUCUUGACGAAUCAGAUAUAGACCUUUCCUGCAUUCCACCAAACGAUGGACUUUAUGGCGCAAAGUCGAGGUCAGGGUGGACAAAACUACAGAAAACGUAUGAAAAUGCCCACUCCAAAGUCACUCUCGUACUAUUGUUCGUACGCACUGAAGUAGAAUGCUGGUAAGGUCUAUUAUUCAUCCUUAAGGGCCCAUUAACCGAUUUAU